UAUCUGACAAUGUACAUUUUCCUGCUGUCUACAGGCACACGGUUCCUGCAGCAUUAUGGAAGAAUGCCCGAGGGAAGGACCAGUUGUGGUUCGAAGAUGCUUUGGGAUCCAGCCAUCCUGUAAUCCUCUACUUGCAUGGGAAUGCAGGAACAAGAGGAGGGGAUCACCGUGUGGAGCUUUACAAGGUUCUCAGCUCCCUCGGGUACCAUGUGGUCACGUUUGAUUAUCGAGGCUGGGGCGAUUCAAUAGGCAGCCCAUCAGAGAGGGGGAUGACCUAUGACGCCCUUCAUGUCUUUGACUGGAUCAAAGCAAGAAGUGGAGACAACCCUGUCUAUAUAUGGGGACACUCCUUGGGCACAGGGGUUGCAACAAACCUAGUGAGGCGCCUCUGCGAGAGAGAAACACCCCCAGAUGCCCUGAUCCUGGAAUCUCCUUUCACCAACAUACGGGAGGAGGCACGAAGUCAUCCCUUUUCUGUGAUAUACAGAUACUUCCCUGGGUUUGACUGGUUCUUCCUUGACCCCAUCACGACAAGUGGAAUUAAAUUCGCAAACGAUGAGAAUGUGAAAUACAUCUCCUGCUCCUUGCUCAUCCUUCAUGCUGAGGAUGACCCCGUGGUACCAUUUCAUCUGGGAAAGAAGCUUUACAACAUCGCUGCAACGUCGCGGAGUUUCCGAGACUACAAGGUGCAGUUUGUGCCGUUCCACACAGACCUCGGCUACCGGCACAAGUACAUCUACCGGAGUCCAGAGCUACCUCGAAUACUGCGGGAAUUCCUGGGAAAAUCUGAACAAGAGCAUCAUCACUGAAGACCAGCUGCUUGGCAGCACAGAGAUUUUUCCUUUCUUCCCUUCUUCUCCCUCCUUUUCCUCCCCCUCCCCGUGGGUCAGUCUGCCAUUCUUCCAUCCCUGGCGCUAGAGGAGCUCAGGGAUUCCAACUCCAGUCCUGCUGUGUAUCCUUGGCAACUCCAGCCCCUGGCAUCAUGGAAGGAGAAAGAAGUUGUUGGUUUGUUUUCUGAUGUGGAUGUGGAGGGGUGAUACCA